UCUGGCCACAUGGAGGCAUGAUGACCCAGGCAGCCCCACUGCUACUGCUGCUGCCUUUGCUGUUAAUGGGUUCACAGGGACAAGUGUCCCAACUGAAGUACCAGGAGGGGCAGACACUCAGAGUGAGGUGUGGCUACAAUCCCCAGGGAACUGAGAAGAACUGGAAAACCUGGUGUAAAUUGAGAGAGAAUGGAAGGGUGUGUGAUAGAAUAAUUACCAAGAAGUUACAAUCCUUUAUGUUGCCAUUUAUGGAAUCAAGAGCUUCCCUGGAGGAUGACACCAGCACUGGUACCAUCACCAUCACCAUGUCUAACCUCAGGGUGGGGGACUCAGGCAACUAUCAGUGUGGAAUCUAUGACUCUGACAAGGACACUAUUGACGUUAUCAGGACAAUCAGGGUGGAGGUUUCUCGAGGUAAGUCCCGGCCAACUCACACCCAACAUUCUCAAAGUACCACUGAGAUGCCUCUCACCACCUCUGCCAUCUCCUUGGCCACCAGCAGCCCACCACACUCUUCCAUUUUCUUCAGUUCCUCAGUUAUCGGAGUACUAUGUGGGCUCAUUGUGACAAAAGGCGUAGUCUUCACAGUUCUGAUUGCUCUGCUGGGCAGUUGCAGGCACCCAGGAAAGGGAAGGAGCCAAUCUGAGCUUUCUCAGGAUCAAAAUGACCGGAAAUGA